AAACUUUUAUCGAGCCUUUCGUUUUAUCGACAGGAAAGAAUGUCAAAAAUAUGCUUUUGUUAGAAGAAUUUUUAAGGUUUGGCUUUUAGCCUGAUUUUUUUCAAAUGUCAACUUUUGACAAGAGUAUGAUUUUUUUCUAAUCAAAGAAUAGGAAACAUUAUCUACUAUAAGAUGAAUCUACGAAACGAGGGUUUUGUCUAGCAAUAAAACAGAACAGUAGAUAGGACUAACUAGAAAAAUCAGAAUUCGAAAGAAGGCUGAGUUGUCGAGAUAAAUUCAUUUUCUUUUUCCUCGCUUUUGAAAUAUUUGGAAGAUGCAGCGUAUAAAUGUUAAGUUUCACGAAAGCUAAGCGUUAGUUCGGCUUUCGUACUCUCCAGUUAUAAGUCGAGAGUUUUUCGUUGUAGUACGACAAACGUUGUAAGUGCAAUUUUUAUUGCGAGUGAAAAAGUGAAAAUAGUGAAAAUGUUGCGCGACGAUAUUGUUAAAUUUUUUAUCGUGGCGUGUAAUUUUAAUAAUAAAAUAGUGAAGGGUCACUAUUUUAAGAAGAUAGCGCGUGACAAUGACGCGUCGAACUACGCAUUGUUCGACAAGUUCGCUAAGGAGUGCUCCAGCACAUUGCUAUGUGUUAUGCACAGGCUGGGGCACUGUAAUGGCAACGUGACGUUGGAAAAUAUAAUUCGACGUCACGUUGAAACGCGACAACAGAAUAAAGCGUUUUUUGAAAAUGAUGCGGGGGGUCAUAUAGCUGACUUCUUGCGUCAAAGAGAAGUUGUAAGACACGUAGCCAGGGUUGAGCCGCUACCGCCUCGUCGUGCGGCGCCUCUUGAGCGAAACUACGGGGCGAGACGACGACGCGCAGAAGAGGAGCUUCAAGGUGCCGUAGCAGCCCGAAGACCACGAAUUGAAAUCGCGGACUUAGUUGCGGAGCCACCAUCACCUCGAUACACCCCCGUCGGUGAAUCAUCAGAUGACGACGAGGAUACUCGAGAUAAUUUUGACAGAGUUCCAUCCUCAGCCGAUGAGGCUAUAUUUACUCCAGUGCAAGCAAACGAGACGGAGGAUGAAGAAGAAAGAGAGGAAAGAGCGACGCAGGAGGAGGAAGAGGAGGAAACCGAAGAAGAAGCAUUAAGAGAAGAUGAGGAGGGGGAUACAGACGAAGAUGAGGAAGAGGAGGAAGAGGAGGCAGAAGAUCAAGAAGAAGAGGAAAAUGAAAUAGAAGAAGAAGAAGAAGAAGAAGAGCAGGAAGCGAUGGAAGAUGAGGAAGAAGGAGAUGAAGAGGAAUCGGAUGAAGGCGGUGAAGUGGAGGAUAAUGAAGAGGAGGCGGAAAUAGAAAAUGACGCCGAAGAAAGAGAAGUCAGAGUUGCUUCGCCAGAGUAUGAUGUUCAAACUGGCGCUGGACUUGCUGAAGCUGUAAUUGGAAGAAACGCUAGUGGGGAAGAAUUUCUCCACAAUACUGCGGAGAAUGUAGCCGACCAAAGACCUCAACAGCAGCAACAUCGGUCGCAGCAACCACAGUCGCAACAUUCUCAGCAACAGGAGCAAGACCCACAAUCGCAGCAGCAGCAGUCGCAGCAACAACAACAGCAGCGGGUUGGUGAUAGAUUUAAUUAUAUAGAGCUGCAGACGGAAAACGCGCGUAGAUUUAGGAAUUUUGCUAUACUCGGGAGAGAGGCGAGUUUCGCGAUACGUCCAGUGCCACAUGGUGCCAAUACCGUGCGUUGGCUAGAAAACGCGUUCCGCGAAAUCCAUGCGUACGCGAUAAGCUCAAGUGAACCGACGGAUUACGUAGGACUAUCUUUCAAUUCCGAAAGUUUGACGCUCGGAUCGGCGGGAUUGUCGUUUCGCCCGGCGCGCGACUUGACUUACACGGACAUAUGGGAACUCGUAAGUUCGGUAGCGCAAAGCAACGGCGGAAUUGAAGUCACGGAAACUUUUAACAUCAGGGUUUUCAAUGUCGCAGUACCGGUGGGGCGUGGAAGGGUAUCGAAUCCAUUGACGCGUGAGGAUGUCGUCAAACGAUCGAUAUUGGAAAUAGUAAAUGACGAUAAUUUAUGCUUUCCUCGUUCACUUGUAGCCGCACGAAUCCACUGCGAACGUGGAAAUCUUCGGACGGGGCCGCGUCACGAAAUGUGGGAAGCCGUAAGAUUCCGACGUUCCUCGCUACAACGCGAUUUAGCGUUAAAAUUAACGAUGAACGCCGGUAUCGUGAUACCGGAGGAGGGAUGUGGGAUUUACGAAAUCCAACAAUUCCAACGGUAUCUCGCCGCUGAAAAUCUGGCAAUAAUGGUUUACGGUUUUAAAGAUUUCGGACGCGGGGGGAACCUAAUCUACGAUGGGCGUACGAUACUCGCCUCACUAGAACGCGAACCGAAUCAUUGCUUAAAUAUUAUGUAUUAUGAGGGUAGACGUCAUUAUAAUACCAUUUUAAAUUUAAAAGCCGCUGCGGGUUCGCAAGGUGGAUAUUGCGUAGCGUGUAACGUUGGUUAUCGCCCCAUCAGAGGGCAUCGUUGCUCUAAAAGAUGCCCACGCUGCUACGCUAUACCCUCGUGUGAACAUCACGACGCGGAGAAAGUCAGGUGCGAUACGUGUAAUCGUACGUUCUUCGGAAAUUCAUGUUUCGAGCGUCAUCGUACCGAAAAAUCUUAUGAAGGAAAAUCAACUGUUUGCCAUUCGGUUAAAAUUUGUAACAAUUGUGGGCGAUUUAUAAAAUCAAGCUUGCGGCACGAAUGUAAUAGCGCCUAUUGUAGGAUAUGUCGUUCUCAGCAACCCGUGAAUCAUUUGUGUUUUAUGCAACCUCUUCGACGCAGAGUCGAAGCUGAAGACCCUGGAGAGGGUACGAGUGCUGCGGCGAUACGUGAAGAGGCGCAAAGAAACGCUAAUGACCUCGAGGGUGAGAACGACAAUGAAGUCAAGGGAGCUGUCGCAUUCGUGUUUUACGAUUUUGAAACGCGGCAGGACGAGACGUACGAAGGAACCGAGAACGUAAAGUUACACGUUCCGACUCUCUGCGUAGCACAGCAAAUUUGCGCUGCUUGCGUGGCUAUAGACGACAUGACGGUGCGAUGUCGCUGGUGCGGAACGCGCGAAUUUGUAUUUAAUAUCGACCCGGUAAAGCAGUUUAUAGAGUUUGUGACACGGCCGACAAAACAUUUUAAAAGUAUUAUUUGUAUCGCUCACAACGCAAAGGCGUUCGACGCGCAAUUUAUUUUAAAAUAUCUAGUCGAAAAAUCGUUAAUAACGGAAAAGCCACGGAUAAUUCUGAACGGGACGAAGAUUAUCGUGAUGACGAUCGGUCAUACAAAAUUCAUCGACAGCGUUAAUUAUAUGCCGAUGCGAUUAUCUGAUCUACCUAAAGCUUUCGGGCUAAGGGAUACGGCAGAUAAAGGCAUUUUUCCGCAUUUAUUUAACACUGUGGAGAAUCAAUCGUAUGUCGGUCCAUUACCCGAGACUCGAUUUUAUUCUCCCGAUCAAAUGAAACCCGAUGAGCGCGAGCGAUUUCUUGCAUGGCAUACGGAAAUGACAAAUAAAAAUGUCAUCUUCGACUUCCAGCGCGAGAUCGUACGUUAUUGUCGAAAUGACGUAGAUAUUUUACGACGUGCUUGUGUAGCUUUCCAAAAAAUAUUUUUAGAGCGCGGCGGUGUGUGUCCUUUCGAAGAAUGCACGACUAUCGCUUCCACGUGUAUGAAAGUUUUUCGAAAAAACUUUCUUCGCGAGGGGGAAAUAGGAAUCAUCCCGCCGGGCGGAUACAGAAACGCCGAUAGACAAUCGCGCAAAGCUUUACAAUGGUUAGUGUGGAAGGAGCGUGAGCUCGGUCAUCCCAUAAACCAUGCCGGGCGAGGUCGCGAGCGUUUAAUCGGCGGUAGCUACGUAGACGGAUAUUACGAGACAAAAUUGGGGACUGAAACUCAGCGUUUCGUUCUCCAAUUUCACGGGUGCUUCUGGCACGGUUGUCUUACUUGCUUCCAAGUGAAUCGUGACAGUAAGCUUUCAACUGCUAACCGCGACGAUACGAUAGAAACGCGUUACGAACGAACUAUCGCAACGACAUGGCGUCUUCGCCGGCAAGGAUAUCAGGUGAUUGAAAAAUGGGAGUGCGCUUUCGACCGAGAGAUGACGGUAAAUAACGAGAUGCGUAAUUUUCUCGAACAUCACCCUAUACUAAAAUCUGCGCCUCUCGAUCCGCGUGACGCGUUUUUUGGUGGCCGCACGGAAAAUAUCGUAACUCGACUCGAAGUAGCGGGGUACACGGAGAAAAUACGUUACGUGGACGUGUGUUCUCUGUAUCCUUACGUAUUAAAGACGGGCGUUUUUCCGAUCGGCCACCCUGAAAUCUAUAUCGGAGCGGAAUGCUCGUCGUUAAUCGGCGACGGACCAGGAUAUAAUUUCGACCCGGUCGAAGGUCUUGUACGUUGUCGAGUACUCCCACCGCGCAAUCUCUUUCACCCGGUACUCCCGUAUCGUGUGCGCGGAAAAUUGCUGUUUGCGUUGUGCCGGAGUUGCUGCGAAAUGUUCUCGCAGUCCGCGUGCACUCACGAACAUCCUGACGAACGUGAAUUCGAGGGUACUUGGGUAUCAUGCGAAUUACGUAAAGCCAUCGAGAAAGGCUAUCUUGUGAGGCAAGUAAAUGAAAUUUGGCAAUACAAAGUUGCUCGCUACGAUCGCGAUACGCGGCAGGGCGGAUUGUUCACCGGAUAUAUAAAUUCCUUUUUGCAAUUAAAGCAGGAAGCUAGUGGAUGGCCGAGCGAAUGUGUAGAUGACGAGAGUAAAGCACGAUACCUUCGUGAAUAUGAGGAAAUCGAAGGUAUUACACUCGAUAGAAACAACAUCUCACGUAAUCCUGGCUUGCGCUCGGUCGCGAAGCUCUGUUUAAAUUCCUUCUGGGGAAAAUUCGGCCAACGAUCGAAUCUUCCUAGUACCGAGAUCGUAGAAUCGCCUCAGCGUUUCGCAACUUUGCUCACUAGCCCUGAGCACGAAAUAACUGACAUAUUACCAGUCAACGACGAGGUAUUGUAUGUCUCGUGGCGACUGCGAGAAGAGGCAAUCGUAGCUUCUCCGAUUACCAACGUUGUGAUCGCGGCAUACACGACGGCACAAGCUAGGUUAAAAUUGUAUGAUUAUUUAGAAAAGUUAAAUAGACGCGUAUUAUAUUGCGAUACCGAUUCUGUUAUAUAUUUGAGUAGUGGUGAUCCAAACGAGUACGAACCACGUACUGGGAAUUUUCUGGGCGACAUGACGGAUGAACUCGAGAGCUACGGCAACGGUAGCUACAUCGAGUCGUUUGUGUCGGGAGGCCCAAAAUUUUAUGCGUAUGUGGUUCGUACAGCGGAUGGAAUCACUCGUGAAACUUGUAAAGUGAAAGGAAUAACUUUAAAUUAUAAUAAUUCUAGAUUUGUAAAUUUCCAUAGUAUAAGAAAUUUAAUAUUAGAAAGAGAAAGGCAAGAGGAAGGAGAAGAUAAAGAAAACCGUGGAAGGGAACCCGUGAUAAAUCUGCGCUUUAAUGCAAUUCGUCGCAAUGCUUUUCACGAAAUUGUAACAAGAGAAGAGAGGAAAACAUGUUCGGCGGUAUUGGUAAAGCGCAGAUUUAUUAAUAAUCGUUAUUCGGUUCCAUACGGUUUUGUCGAAUAAUCAUCUUUUCUUACUCGAGCUUUGUUCUCGCUUAAAUUUAAGUUUCGAGUCGUCAAUUUUUCCGUCCGCAGCGUAUAAGUAUCAUUGUAAAAAUUCUAUAAAAACGUAUUAAGCAUAAGUCAUUCAUUAGUUUU